AUGAAAACUUUCAAUGUAAACCAAUAUGGUGGUGUUGCAGAUGGAAAAACUGAUAACAGCAAGGCUUUUACUGAUGCAUGGAAUCAAGCUUGCCAAAACAAUGGAGGUGGUGUGGUCUUGUUUCAACAAGGGAUAUAUUUGGUGAACCCUUUGGUUAUAGAAGGCUCUUGCAAGGGACCGAUGGAGUUGCAGAUCCAGGGUACCUUAUUGGCUUCAAGGGAGUACCAGUACUCGGUUGGUAUUGACCAUUGGAUCGUCUUCCGAUACAUUGACAACUUAGUAAUUAGUGGUGGAGGGACGUUCGAUGGCCAAGGAGCCUCUUCUUGGCCCUAUAACGACUGUCGCAAAAACCCACAGUGCAAGGCACUGCCUGCGUCAUUGAGGUUCGACUUUGCCAAUAAUACAAAGAUCGACAACAUAACUCUCAUCAACAGCAAGAACACCAACAUCCACCUUUUCGCAGGUCUUAAUGUGAUAAUCAGCAACAUUAACAUAAGUGCCCCGGCCGAUAGCCCCAACACCGAUGGAAUCAAAGUCGGUAGUUCAAGCAUCGUCCAAAUAUAUGAUUCUAUAAUAUCCACCGGAGAUGACUGCAUAGCUUUCCUUCCUGAAUCAACCAACCUUAACGUUACUAACGUUCACUGCGGGCCUGGCCAUGGAAUUAGUGUAGGAAGCAUUUCCAGUAACUCUAUUACUGGCUUGAACGUAAGGAAUUGCAGCUUCGUAGGUACUCAGAAUGGUGUUAGAAUCAAGACGAAGAGUCCCUCUCAACAAGGAACUGUUGCACAAGUUACAUUUGAAAACAUUGAAAUGGACAAGGUCAAUAAUCCCAUCAUCAUUGAUCAACAAUAUUGCGCUAGUAGUGGCUGUAGUCCACGGAAAACUUCGGAGAUUCAGAUUACUGAUGUGAAGUACAAUAACAUUUGGGGUACUUCAAACACAAAAAUUGCAGUUUUACUCAAAUGUAGCGAAAAUAAACCUUGCCAGAACAUCGAGUUGAGGGAUAUCGACCUAAAUUACAGAGGAGGUAAAAAACCGGCAAAAGCAUCGUGUUUGAAUGCAAAAGGAGUAGCUUACGGCAAACAAAACCCUGCUUCUUGCCUGCAGAGUUAA